GGGAUUAAAAAUAGAAAUUAAAAAUAGGACAUUAAUCUCAAGAAACACGUAUAAAAAGUGUCCACCUUCUCUUGCGAAUAUCUAAGUUUCUGGUCAAUCGUUUUCUAACUUUACAUAGACGUGCAUAUAGUAUUUCCACCAGGACGCAGAUAAAAUUGAAAAAAAAUUCACAUUAUAAAAUUAAAAUUAAAAGAAUUCCUAAAAAAAUGGUUUAACGGAUCAACUACUUUAACAUAAUACGUAAGAUGAAGCGUUACGGAAAAAAACUGCGAAGAUUUUCUUCUCUGAGAUAAUAUAUUUGGGCUCUUAGUAGUCUGGGGAAUUCUUAAAAUGAUUUUUUAAUUUAAUUCUAAAUUAAUUCAUAUGCUUUUAUUUACGUGAGGCUGAGUCUCAAAUAGCAGCGGUAUUUCGACGGAAUGCGGCAAUCUUUUGAGAAUGCGACAUGAUUUAGAAUACCGAAAUAAAGGCGAAAUCCAAAGCGCCAUGAUCUGAUAAACGCUUGUCGUAGUGAUGACGUAUCUCUCUGUCUCUCUCUUUCUCUCUUCCUGAGAAUUGUUGCGUCUAUCGCUGGAACGCCUUGCGAACAGAGCAGAUGCACUGUCUCCCAGUUUAUUGUUUCCCAAACUCGCUGAGCUAAAAGUGAGCAAUUGCGAGGUGUCCUGAGUGAAUUCGCACUAUGCUCCCGGAUAUGUAAAUCCUCGAUCGUAAUUUCCUCUCGCUCGGGUCAUCCUUCAAACUUGAGCGAGCAAAAAGAAUGUUUAAGCAACCUGAAAAUCUCAAGCUGUAAAUAUAGACCUUGCUCGAAAACAAAAAGAACAUCCUUUCGCAAGAACGAACACGACAGUUUCAGAUGAAGUAAUAAUCCGACCAUUGACGACAUGGAGGAAACAUUGCGAUUAAACGAAACCAGGUGCAACGACACCGAGAUGCCGAUCGACAUGCGCUUCAACGACGGCCACUUGAUAAAAAUAAUCACUUAUAGCGUCUUAAUGGUGAUAUCGGCGAUUGGAAAUAUUGCCGUGCUAAUAAUGACUAUAAUACGAAAACGGAAGUCCAAGUCCCGGAUAAACACCUUGGUGAUGCAUUUGGCGAUGGCUGACCUCUUCGUGACGUUUUUGAUGAUGCCCUUCGAAAUUGGAUGGUCGAUAACAGUGUCGUGGGAGGCGGGGGAUGCGAUGUGCCGUAUAAUGUCUUUUUUUAGGGUAUUCGGCCUAUAUCUAUCAUCUUUCGUAAUUGUCUGCAUAAGUAUAGACAGAUAUUAUGCGGUAAUGCGACCGCUGCAGAUAUUGGACGUUCACAGAAGAGGGAAGAUAACUCUGAUUUUCGCGUGGGUGGGCUCCGUAUUGUGUUCCUUGCCGCAGAUGCUGGUGUUCCAUGUCGAGGCGCAUCCGAAACACACUUGUUUCAUACAAUGUAUAACAUUCAAUACCUUCCCGUCGCACAUGCACGAGCUCUCGUACUCUUUGUUCGUGAUGACGGCAAUGUUCUGGUUCCCUCUGAUCGUGAUAUUCUACACCUACACCAGCAUAUUCGUGGAGAUCUGUCGUAGGUCCAAAGAAGACAGAAUACGUCGCUCAUCGAUCGGCUUCCUCAGUCGAGCGCGGGUGCGCACUUUAAAAAUGACGAUAACCAUUAUCGCCGUUUUCAUUAUCUGCUGGAGUCCUUACUACGUAAUAAGCGUCUGGUACUGGAUCGAUCGGUCGUCAGCUCGGCAAGUUGACUUGCGCCUUCAGAAAGCGCUCUUUUUAUUCGCGUGCACGAACUCCUGCAUGAACCCGAUCAUCUACGGCAUCUUCAAUAUACGCCAGAGGAGCCAGACAAAUCUUCAAUCCUAUCCUCCCUUGAUGCCCAUCAAUGCCACCGUAGAACUUCCGAUAGUCGCGUACGCCAGAGAUUCCAUCUUCACCGUUUUCUUAAUAGUUUUGCCGAUUCUCUUUAACUCCCCGACUUCGCUUAACAGACGCUCGUCGCAUGAUCACGGCGCCGGAGCGAGCAGCCACCAUCGAGACCCGAAUCACGCCGCUGUCCUUGUCGAUCAGACUUCUCGAUUGACGAUGAACACGACGUUCGCCAGGUCGAACGGAUGCAUUUAGACGAGCGAGCCAACCGUGCCGAGAUGCAGACGCGACACCUCGUAUCCGUAUUUUUCUCGCGCCCUUUCCUCCUCAUAUGAUAAUUGCGUGAUCGAUUCGUAUGCAUUAAGUUACAUUACACAACAACCGUGCCCUUGCAGAUACGAGGUUCCACCGUUCAAAUGCAAUUCUGUGCGGCGCACAAGGUCAAUUGAAAAGUUCCUUGCUUUAUUCUGACAUAAGACGUCAGACGAUAAUGUUACGAGUGAUUGUAGUGCUGAUAAAGUGGCUAUGAUCAUGGUCGCGAGCCACGUCGGCUGACGGCGGAAAGAAGAAGACGAUUCUCCCGGAAAUUCGCGAAGUUCGGCUGGAGAGACGCGCGGCGCGACAUGUGCAUUUUCUUCGAUUAACCCUCCUAAGUCGAUUUUUUAUCUGAAAGUGACGCCAAUUUUUAAGAUGAAAAUUAUUUAUUGUGAUAAAUGUAAAUAAAGCAGUCGAAAGGUAUAUAUAUACGGACAAUUAGCGUUAAGCGAUCGGGGCGAUCGAGGCUCAUUCGAGGGCGGAGAUGUUUCCGGACCAAAAUCGAAAUCGCGUCUGUCAUGCUAAUGCAAGUCCAAAGACAAAUGUGCAGUUCCGUCGCGCGUUCUCUUUGCCAUAACUUCGUGCAACUCUGCGACAUGAUUGUACAAAUAAGUUACAUAAGCUAUUUAUAUACUAUGUAUACACCGCUUAUAUUUUAUAGUCGUAUCUCUCGAAAAGACCAAGAUACUGGGGAAAAAAGACCCUCGCGUUCUCCCGUCUCGCCUGUAUUACGUAGAAUUCUUAUCGUUGAUCAAUUUCGUAUACGUAAUCGACGUUCGCAGGACCGAUCUUCAUGUUUCUAUAACUAUAUAUUUUCUGUACAUAAAUAAUAAAACGAUACGUAUCGGUUCACAA